GGCGGGCAGUUGACGAGCUGCCUUCACGCCAAGCGGACGCGUAACGGCACAGAUGCCAGACUAUAUAUAGUUAUAGAGUACCAUCCGAAGCCCACAAAAGCCACAAACUAUAUACAUCACCGACAUCGGGCAACAAUAGUGAGGGAAGCGAUUUACAGAAGCUAGUUCCGCGACUCCGUAAACCUAGCAAAAGUUAUGUGAUAGGCCUUUGCUUCGGAAUUUCGCAUACUGCGCUUUCAUUUUCCAGCGUGGUUUCGACGCGUAUCCGUAUCCGUGUGCGUGUGUCUGUGCGCAGGACAUAAAAGCUCCGUUUUGUUGAUAUACGCAGUCCGUGCAAGGCCAUCGAACAGCUGGCAGUUCCUCAACUCGCUUAGGCAUAAACACCAAAUACAAUUUUUAUAAAAGCGUUUUUUAAAUAUUUAUCGAAACACCACCAAACUGAAAACAAUUUAUAUAAUUUUUAAUAAAAAGCGAGAGUUCGUCCUCGUUUGAAAGACGCCUGUUGAUUUUUCAAUUACACCCGAGCCGAAAAGACACAGCAGAAAAAUAACAACAUGUCUUCCAUGGCUGCAUUUGAUCAGUUCAAAAUUGGACUCAAAAUGGUUGACUUUAAGGUCCAACAACGUCGCUACAGGACCAGCGAAAAGACUGUCGUCAGCACCACCUACGGACCCAUCAAGGGUGUCAAGAGGAAGUCCAUCUACGGCCAGUCGUACUUCAGCUUCGAGCGGAUCCCCUUCGCCAAGCCCCCGGUGGGCGAGCUACGCUACAAGGCCCCCCAGCCCCCGGAGGUCUGGACGGAGGUCAGGAGCUGCACUUCCCAGGGUCCUAAACCAUUGCAGAAGCACUUCGUGUUCGAGAUGACCGAUGGCUCCGAAGACUGCCUCUACCUCAAUGUCUACACAAAGAAUUUAUAUCCCACCAAACCCAUGCCCGUGAUGGUCUGGAUCUAUGGUGGUGGCUUUCAGUUUGGCGAGGCCUCACGGGAAUGUUACAGUCCGGAUUAUUUGCUGCGUGAGGAUGUAGUGGUCAUUUCUAUCAACUACAGAUUAGGACCACUAGGAUUCCUGUGUCUGGACGAUCCCGAUCUUGAUGUGCCCGGUAAUGCGGGACUCAAGGAUCAAGUGUUGGCCCUGCGAUGGGUCAAGGCCAAUUGUUCGCGUUUCGGAGGCGAUUCCGCAAAUAUAACCAUUUUUGGCGACAGUGCGGGAAGUGCCUCGGUUCACUAUAUGAUGAUCACAGAGCAGACGCGUGGACUCUUUCACAAGGCCAUCUGCAUGUCGGGUAAUACGCUUUCGCCCUGGGCAGUGACUCCUCAGAGAAACUGGCCAUUUCGGUUGGCUGUCCAGGCGGGUUACACGGGUGAAAACAACACCCGCGAUGUUUGGGAGUUCCUGAAGAAUGCCAAGGGAUCCGAUAUCAUCAAAGCCAAUGGAGAACUCUGCAUCGACGAGGAGAAAAAGGAGCGGAUUGGAUUCUCUUUUGGACCCGUUAUCGAGCCAUACGUCACCAACCACUGUGUGGUGCCCAAGAAGCCUAUCGAAAUGAUGAGAUCCGCCUGGAGCAAUAAUAUCCCACUGAUCAUCGGGGGGGUUUCCAACGAGGGACUCCUCUUGUACUCAGAGACCAAGACGAAUCCCAAGUGUCUAAAUGAGUUGGAUGACUGCCGGUUCGUGGUGCCCAUCGAAUUGAAUAUGGACAGGGCAAGUGCCCUGUGCCGGGAGUACGGCGACCAGCUGAGGCAGUGCUACUACGGCGAUAAAACGCCCAGUCUGGACACCCUACAUGAAUACCUUCAGAUGGUUUCCCACGAGUAUUUCUGGUUCCCCAUAUACCGCACAGUAUUGUCCCGCCUACAGUAUGCCCGCAGUGCGCCGACGUAUCUGUACCGCUUCGACUUCGACUCCAAGCACUUCAACCAUCUGCGCAUCCUGAGUUGCGGCAAAAAGGUGAGGGGUACGUGCCACGGCGACGAUCUGUCCUACUUGUUCUACAACUCCCUGGCGAGGAAGCUCAAGAACCACACCCGGGAGUACAAGUGCAUCGAGCGGCUGGUGGGACUGUGGACGCACUUUGCGGCAUGCGGAAAUCCCAACUUCGAUCCUGAACAGGAGGACUUGUGGCAGCCCGUCGAUCCUGCGGCCGUCGAGAAACACCAGCUGAAGUGCCUUAACAUAUCCGACGAGCUGAAGGUGAUCGACGUGCCCGAUCUUAAGAAGUUGAUGGUCUGGGAGAGUUUCUUUCGACGCGACGAGUUGCUGUACAAAAACACUAUGAAAUUGAUAAAUGUAUUUUAUGAAAAAAAUAAACUUUGUGUUUUGAAACAAAGAUAUAUAGGAUCUAACAUGUGCUUUGAAAAAGUUCUCACUAUGAACAGGUAUGGGGUAUUUCUGACCAAACUAAGGCACUUUAGCCUCAUUCCGAACAAAAGUGUACCAAAAGUCUUCACCAACUGGGAUUUCAUUCAGCAGGUGCUAAGUUUUAAGUACGAGCAGCGCAAGUUGGCCACAACAAUAUAUUCCGUAAUAAAGACCAAAUCAGGUCCUGUGCGGGGAGUGAAAAGAAACACGAUCUGGGGAGGAAGCUACUUCAGUUUCGAGAAGAUUCCGUUCGCAAAGCCUCCAGUCGGAGAUCUCCGUUUUAAGGCCCCGGAACCAGUGGAACCAUGGGAUCUGGAAUUGGACUGCACUUCACCGGCAGACAAGCCCCUUCAGACACACAUGUUUUUCCGGAAAUUCGCGGGCUCAGAGGACUGCCUCUACUUGAAUGUGUAUGCCAAAGAUUUACAGCCGGAUAAGCCGCGUCCAGUGAUGGUUUGGAUCUACGGAGGCGGCUUUCAAGUUGGAGAAGCUUCUCGAGAUAUGUAUAGUCCUGACUUUUUCAUGUCGAAGGAUGUGGUCAUAGUCACAGUUGCUUAUCGUCUGGGUGCCUUGGGUUUCCUCAGCCUGGACGAUCCAACACUGAACGUGCCCGGAAAUGCCGGCCUCAAGGACCAAAUUAUGGCUCUUCGAUGGGUACAGCAAAACAUCGAGGCUUUCGGCGGUGAUCCCAGCAAUGUCACACUCUUUGGUGAAAGUGCUGGAGGUGCCUCGACCCACUUCCUUACACUAAGUCCCCAAACUGAAGGACUUAUUCACAAAGCUAUCGUAAUGUCGGGCAGUGUUUUGUGCCCCUGGACGCAACCACCGAGAAAUAAUUGGGCCUAUAGGCUGGCCCAAAAAUUGGGCUACACUGGUGAUAAUAAGGACAAGCCAAUCUUUGAGUUCCUGAGAUCAGUGAGCGGCGGGGAGAUUGUAAAGGCCACCGCAACAGUUCUCAGCAACGAUGAAAAGCAUCAUCGGAUUCUUUUCGCCUUCGGACCUGUCGUAGAACCUUACACUACCGAGCACACUGUGGUCGCUAGCCAACCACAUGAAUCGAUGCAGAAUAGCUGGAGCCACAGGAUACCCAUGAUGUUUGGCGGCACGAGCUUCGAGGGAUUGCUAUUCUAUCCAGAGGUUUCUAGGCGACCAGCAACCUUGGAUGAGGUGGGAAACUGCAAAAACCUGCUACCAAACGAUCUCAGUCUCAACCUAGAUCAUAAACUGCGUGAGAACUACGGCCUGCAGCUGAAGAAAGCGUAUUUCGGCGAUGAGCCCUGUAACCAGGCAAACAUGAUGAAGUUUCUCGAACUGUGCUCAUAUCGCGAAUUCUGGCACCCUAUAUACAGGGCAGCUUUGAGCCGCGUCCGGCAAUCCAGUGCCCCCACCUAUCUUUAUCGAUUCGAUCACGAUUCAAAACUGUGCAACGCCAUUAGGAUUGUACUUUGCGGUCAUCAGAUGCGAGGUGUAUGCCAUGGUGACGAUCUGUGCUAUAUUUUCCACAGUAUGUUGUCGCAUCAAUCGGCUCCCGAUUCUGCGGAGCACAAGGUAAUCACCGGAAUGAUCGACGUUUGGACGAGUUUCGCAGCCCAAGGGGAUCCCAACUGCGAAAGUAUAAAAUCGCUUAAGUUUGCACCCAUCGAAAACGAGAACAAUUUUAAGUGUCUCAAUAUUGGGGAAAAUUUUGAUAUCAGGGCACUUCCAGAAUUGCAAAAAAUCGAGCCUGUGUGGAACAGUUUCUACGCCCCACACCAACUGUAGAUGCAGUGCAUCAUUAAUCGGGUUUUAUAGCUUUAGCUGUCUCAAUUCCUUGGAUUUGGAUAAUUUUAGUUUGUGUAAAUACGCUGUACAUAUGUUAUGUGGACAUUAUACGAUGGUUAUGUUGAUUAAUUAAAAAAGCUCAGAUUUUAAUGAUUUGAAAUAAUUAUUAUAAUUUAAAGAAUGAUUAUACUAGUAUAUAACUGCUUACCGAUUUUAUAAUUCAUAGCAACUCCAUAACCCUUUUAAUAAAUGCAUCUUAUAAACUUAAAUAUAAAAA